GAGGCAUCGCUCAGCCAUGGACGCUGCGAGGCAGGUGGUUAACUUCAGCGCCGGGCCCGCAAAGCUGCCGCGCUCUGCACGACGCUUUGGUCAGUUUUUGUGGCAUAUUGCUGUUUGGAGAAAUGGGCAGAUUCCCAUUUGGCUGUCGUCAUUGCAGAUCUGCAGAUUUGUGAAUAAAUGUUUUGCUGCAAGCACAGAAAGAAUUGGUGAACUAUAAAGGACUUGGUAUUAGUGUUCUUGAAAUGAGCCAUAGAACAUCUGAUUUCUUAAAAAUUAUAAACUCAGCUGAAACUCUCUUGCGUGAAUUGCUAAAUAUACCAGAAAACUACAAAGUCAUUUUCCUCCAAGGGGGUGGGUCUGGCCAGUUUAGUGCUAUCCCACUUAACCUUAUUGGACUAAAAGAAAGAAGAUGUGCAGAUUAUGUGGUUACUGGAGCAUGGUCAGCAAAAGCAGCUAAGGAAGCAGAGAAGUAUGCCAAAGUGAACAUUGUUCAUCCUAAACUUGGAAGUUACACAAAAAUUCCUGACACAAGCAGCUGGAAUCUUAACCAGGAUGCCUCUUAUGUCUAUUAUUGUGCUAAUGAGACCGUUCAUGGUGUGGAGUUUGACUUUGUACCUGAUGUCAGAGGAGCAGUCUUAGUUUGUGAUAUGUCAUCAAAUUUCUUGUCCAAGCCAGUAGAUGUUUCCAAGUUUGGGUUAAUUUUUGCUGGUGCCCAGAAGAACGCUGGCUGUGCUGGUGUAGUUGUGGUAAUAGUGCGCGAGGAUUUGCUGGGAUUUGCGCUCAAAGAAUGCCCUAUAGUAUUGGACUACAAAGUGCAAGCAGGAAAUGGCUCAUUAUAUAACACUCCUCCAUGCUACAGUAUCUAUAUCAUGAGCUUAGUCCUGGAAUGGAUAAAGAACAAUGGUGGGGCUGCAGCUAUGGAUAAACUGAGUUCAAUCAAAUCACACAUGAUUUAUGACAUUAUUGACAGUUCCAGUGGAUUCUAUGUAUGCCCUGUGGAGAAAAAGAGCCGAAGCAGAAUGAACAUUCCAUUCCGCAUUGGCAAUGUUAAUGGUGACGAAGCUUUGGAAAAGAAAUUCCUUGAUAAAGCUGUGGAAUUGAAUAUGAUUUCUCUGAAAGGACAUCGAUCUGUGGGAGGAAUCCGUGCUUCUUUGUAUAAUGCUGUGACAAUAGAAGAUGUUCAGAAGCUUGCAGCGUUCAUGAGAAGUUUCAUGCAGAUGCAUCAGUCAUGAAUGUUCGUGAAUUAGCGCAAUGCUGCACAUCUCUGAAAUGAAACUUAAAAAAUUUGACAGUUAUUAUGAUGCUGCAUAAAAUGCACAAUUUUAGCAAAUGAGUUUAGUUUAGUUUAUAUAUCUAUUGUUGGUAACUAAAUGAGGAUGAAGGGUCUAAUCCUACAGUUGCUUGAGCAUCCUCAGCUUCUAUUUAAAUUGAUGGCACUCUGUACCUGACAGGAUUGGUCCUUAAAUUUGCAAAGCAGUUAACUUGAUUUGCAAAUUAACAAUGGUUAGUAUUGUAAUAUAAUGUAGUUCAGAUUCUGAUGUUUGUUACACUGCUGCAAAUCCAUGGAAAUCAAUGUGUUACUAUGGGCUUACACAGGCGUAAUUGUGAUUAUAAGCUAUCCCACUUGUAUAGAGAAAAAUCUUGUCAUGUUUUGUUACCCUGAUUUUUACAGUUACAAAUAAUUUUUUAAAUGAAUUCCUUGUUCUCACUAAAUUUCAGUAGUGCUUGGUACCAUGUGCUUCUAUAAGAAGAACUUCAAAACUACUACGAAUGUGCAGAUGAGGCUAGAACUGAUGGCAAUUUGAGAGUACUUGGUUGGUAUGUCAAAUACAUUCCAAGAAUGCAUCUCUAUAGUCUCUAGGGAAACUGAUGUCUGCAUUUCCUGACUUCAGACCUUCCUUUUGAUCGUUACUCACCAGUAUGAUGCUCACUGCCCUGAGGAGUCCCACUGACUUAAAUGUAGUAGUAAGGAUUACUGUAGUAAAUGUUCAUAUGGUUAAGGCCUUUUAUUUGUGUUGUCAUGUAUAGAUGUACCACAAUGUACAUGUAGUGAAAUCAAUGUGUAAGAUGUUUGUUUCUGCAUGCGUUUUGUAUUUGAAACCAGUGUAGGGUAUUAAUUUUGAAUUUGUGUGUUUUUUUCCCCUCCCCACAAAAACUACCCUAAUUUUAAUUCAACCUCCUGUUAAACUGGACUCUCGAUGAAAUAUCUGGUUACAGCAACCUUCUCCUUGCUGACUACCCCCAAUCCCAUCUUGCUCACUAGAAGUUCAGAUCAUAGCAGCUAAAAUAGUUUCUCUUGCCUGCUGUUCGGAUCAUAUCUCGUCCUUUUCUUAGUUGCUUCGUUAGCUUCCUUCAUCUUCUGCAUCACUUCUGCUGUCUCAUCUUCCAUGUGGGGUUCUGAAUAGAUUCAACUGGUGCACACUUUUGCUGCCCUCUUGCUUCCUUCAUACUGCCAGGGAAAACUCCAUUCCACCCCACCAAGCCCUUCAUACUAUUCCCACACUCCACAUGCCUUAUUCUUUGCUUUCAUGGGCACCUAAAACUCUCUUUCUAACCCAGGUUUCAGGAUCUUCUUUCCACACACAACUUUUCUUGAAACUCCUUUCUUCUGUAUCAGAGGGGGUAGCCGUGUUAGUCUGAAUCUGCAAAAGUGGUGAGGAGUCCUGUGGCACCUUAUAGACUAACUGAAGUGUUAGAGCAUAAGCUUUCAUGGGCAAAGACCCACUUCGUCACAUGCAUCUUUUCACAUGCAUCUUGUUUAGACUGUGGUCUCAUUGGGGGUGGGAAAAUGUCUUUAGCUUUUAUAUAGUGCCAAGAGUAGUGUUGAAGCUUAAGGCUUUGCUUACACUAGGAAGGUUUGGCAGCAAAAGUGCUGUUGACAUGCUAAAGUUGCCAAAAGUGAAAGAAACCCACUUCAUCACAUGCAUCUUUUCACAUGCAUCUUGUUUAGACUGUGGUCUCAUUGGGGGUGGGAAAAUGUCUUUAGCUUUUAUAUAGUGCCAAGAAUAGUGUUGAAGCUUAAGGCUUUGCUUGCACUAGGAAGGUUUGGCAACAAAAGUGCUGUUGACAUGCUAAAGUUGCCAAAAGUGAAAGAAAACCAAUCAAACCAGUUUUUCUUCUCCCAAUGUUGAUAUUUCAUGGCUACAUUGGUAGCACUCUGUUGAUAGAACAAAGCAAUGUGGGUAAAUAGCCCACAGUGUAGUGCUGUGGGAAGGCAGAUCUAAUCCUUGUGCUUCUUGGGAUUCCCUUGUAGCAUUCUGUGCUAAGGAAUGUCAAAAAAGCACAGCUGUCUCUCCAGCCCUCCCUCUGUAGCAGCAGAACUGAUUAUUUUCUUUUUGUUCCCUAAAUAGAACAGCUCACUCAGUUGUCAGAUACAUCCUGGAGCUUUGAAAGGGGAUGGGUGCAUGCCAUCAGGGCAGCAGAGAUCAAAAAACAUUGAGCACAACCACCAGGGCAGGCAUUGUAGGAUACUGUCGGAAGUCAAUUUCCGCAACAAAACAAACAGCAGAGUCCACAAUGGCUCUUUGUCGUCAAUAAAGGGAGGAGGAAACACAAAAGUCUCUUGCAGGGGUGGCCAAAACUGGGUGUCUUUCCUGAAAAAAGCUGCAUUGCAGUGUAAAUGCCUUCAUUUUUUUGUCCCCAAAAGGCAGUUUUUGGUGACAAAAUGUGCCAGUGUAGAGAAGCCCUUAAUAAUCACAGUGAUGAACCACUUCACUCCUAUGUAAUUUCACUGAACUCAGUGAAGUUACAUCAAUGAUUAAUUAGAUUUUGAUUAAGAGGUAAUGAUUUUAUAACCGCUGUUUUAAGAACUGAUUUACGUUGCCAACUUACUGGUUUAAUUUGUGGAGAAAAUAAAGAUAACAUUGAGCGAA